AUGUUUCCUUUUGUUAAAUAUAUAAUUUUUACACUUUUUAUCGUUAUCAACUACAAUUUAACAUAUGGUCGGAGAGGAUAUUUUAAUCAAUUUAAACGAUUUGAUACUGGUCUUCUAUCAGAAGGCUUACCAAUGUGGCUAGAAAAACGUGAGGAAUUUGAAGCUCCAUAUAGCUAUGAUAGUAUUUCAAGGGCACUGAAAGAUCGCAGUAAUUUGGAACUCGAUGAACUAAAUCGAAUUAUCAGUUACAGCAACAUUAACCAUCCUUUCUUAGAAUAUUUUGAUAGUGAAUUAAAUCCAAGUGUUUAUUCUGAUGAUAUAAUAAAUCGUGAUAUGAGAGCUAAACCUGCUUUUGAAGCGAUAAGUGGUCUACAAAAUAAUGGAUUACGAUCUUAUAUGAAUUGGCAACCUGCAAUCAUUGGUUCAGUUUGUGCAGCAUUGGGUGUAUUGGUGAUAGCAGCAAUAGGUACAGCUUAUCAGAAACGUAAACUAUGGAAGCAAACCCGCUUGAGUCAAGAUGAAGAAUUUACAUUAGAGAAUUCAAAUUUACCAGACAAAAUGCUGUCACUUAAUUCGGAGGAUGAUCGUAAACUUGCACAAUCAGCACAAAUGUAUCACUAUCAACAUCAAAAGCAACAAAUGUUAGCGUUAGAAAAAGUUAAUGAUCAUACUAGAAUAAGUGAUGAGGAUGACAGUGAAGAUGAUGUGGAUGAGGGAGAUUUCACAGUUUAUGAAUGUCCAGGGCUCGCUAAUACUGGUGAAAUCGAAGUCGAAAAUCCUUUCUUCGAUAAUAAUAAUAAUAAUGAUAAUAAUGAAAAGAAUAAUAACGAUAUUGAUAAUGAUAAUGGUGGAGAGAAAGCGUUGAAUACAAGUGGUAGCUCAGGUGAAUUGAUUGGUUGCAGUGAUUUAGAUGAGCACAUUAGUGACUGUGUCAAUGAUGGAUUUGCCGACGAGUUUAGUAAUCUAACAACAAAUACCACCACCAGCGGAGAAGUAACAUUGAUUACUACAACUACAACCACUGUACCAACACCGAUACAAUCAGAGAAAUCACAUGCAGCUAGUAAAUAA